AUGGGCACAGCAGGUGUGCAGACCGGGAAGUCAGCACAAGGAUGGUGGGAACCCCUCAUAAUGGGCACAGCGGGUGUACAGACCCAAGAACUCAGCACAGGAAUGGGGCAGGAACCCCUCCUAAUGGGCACAGCAGGUGUACAGACCGGAAACUCAGCACAGGGAUGGUGCGAACUCCUCAUAAUGGUCACAGCAGAUGUGCAGGUUCAGGAACUCAGCAUAGGGGUGUCAGGAACCCCUCAUAAUGGGCGCAGCAGAUGUGCAGGUCCAGGAACUCAGCAUAGGGGUGUCAGGAACCCCUCAUAA